GCAAAAUCUGCAGUGUUUUGGAAGAAUUCUUAUUCAUAAGGAAACUUCCUGCACGUUGGCACUUCACAUCCAUUCGGAAGCAAUUCAGCAGCGAUCACUUAGUUGCCUCUAUUUCUAGUAAGAAUGAAGCCUCAAUUAAAAGUGAUUAUUGUCAUAGCUGCGGCCAUUGUUCUGAUAGUACCCGUGAUAAUGAUUUUACUUCUUAAAUCAGGUUCUACAAGGAGAGAAGAUGGUCUCCGCAGGUUUACAUUUGAAGAUGUGUUCAACAGUACAUUUUACACCCAGCAAUAUUAUCACACGUGGAUUUCAGAAAAUGAAUAUAUUCACAAAAAUGAAAACAAAAAUGUCCUAGUUUAUAAUAUGGACACUGGUAGGACAUCAAUAAUUCUGAAAAAUACAACAUUUGACGAUGUGAAUGCGACAAAUUAUUUCAUAUCACCAGACAGAAAAUUUGCUGCCUUCGAAAGUGAUUACAAAAAACAAUGGAGAUACUCGUAUACGGCAACAUACCGCAUUUAUGAUAUAGAAAAUAGUGUAUUUCUAAGCACAAAUGAACUACCUCAUAACAUCCAGCACAUAUCCUGGUCACCAGUGGGGCACAAAUUGCUAUAUGUUGUGGAUAAUAAUAUUUACUUAAGACAUGAACCCGGACAAUCAUCUAUUCAACUAACAAAUGAUGGGAAAGAAAAUGAAAUAUUUAAUGGAAUUCCAGACUGGGUCUACGAAGAGGAAAUGCUCGGAUCGAAGUAUGCUAUCUGGUGGUCUCCAAAUGCCAAAUUUAUUGCCUACGUCCAGUUUAAUGAUAAAGAUGUGCCAUUAAUAGAGUACUCUCUCUAUGGUGAAGACCAGUAUCCAAAAACUGUUAAAAUACCAUAUCCAAAGGCAGGAGCGAAAAACCCAGAAGUCAAAGUUUUCAUUGUAAAUGUUGAUGAUCCAUCAUAUGACAAAAUCCAAGUGCCUGUGCCUGCUCUGAUUUCUUCCAGCGAAUACUGCUUCAGCUGGGUGACAUGGAUACUGGAUGAGAGGGUCAGCGUACAGUGGGUGACAAGAAUACAGAACAUAUCAAUCAUAUCAAUAUGUGACUAUGAGCAGAGGUCAAGUACAUGGAUCUGUCCAAAGAAUCGUCAACAUGUUGAAGCAAGUAAAACAGGCUGGAUCGGCGUGUUCUUUCCGUCUCUCCCGACGUUCACAUCAGACAGUAUAUCCUAUUACCAAAUCCUCAGUGACCGGGAUGGCUAUAAACAUAUCCAUUAUAUCAAUGACACCACGGAUAAUGCUAUCCAGAUUACGAAAGGACGUUGGGAAGUGAUUUAUAUAUUGUACAUUACAGACAAAGCUAUAUAUUACACAAGUAAUGAAUUUGAAGGAUUUCCCGGAAGGAGGAAUGUUUAUCGCAUCUCACUGCAAGGAAACCGUCAAGAAAAGCAAUGCCUUACCUGCACUUUAAGGAAGGAGCGGUGCCAGUAUUAUUAUGCCAGGUUUAGCACCAAUGCUAAGUACUACACCCUCAGCUGUUAUGGUCCAGGGCUUCCCAUACAUACAAUCCACAAUGGCACCACAGACAAAGAACUUCAGAUACUACAGGACAACCAAAAACUGGAAUCCAGUCUUCUACCGAUACAGAUGCCGACUGAGAAAAUUGGGAACAUUAAACAGAAUGGAAUGACGUUCUGGUACAAGAUGACUUUACCUCCUCGCUUUGAUAAAUCAAGGAAGUAUCCCUUUCUUCUCUAUGUGUACGGCGGACCUUCCAGUCAGGAGGUGUAUCACACAUUUUCCAUUAGCUGGCGAACGUACUUAGCAAGUUCUGAGGACAUUAUCGUGGCAUCAGUGGAUGGCAGAGGAACGGCUUACCAAGGGGACAAGUUUAUGCACGCUGUAUAUAAAAAGCUCGGAACACUGGAGAUAGAAGAUCAGAUAUCUGCAGUAAAGAAAUUUAUUGAAAUGGGAUUCAUUGAUGAACAGCGAAUAGCAAUUUGGGGUUGGUCAUAUGGUGGUUAUGUAACAUCCAUGGUCCUUGGCCAAGGUACAGGCAUUUUUAAAUGUGGGAUGGCUGUUGCUCCUGUUUCUAAUUGGGAAUAUUAUGCAUCCAUCUAUACAGAGAGAUACAUGGGGCUUCCAACAAAUUCAGACAACCUUCAAAAUUAUCAGAAUUCAACUGUGAUGUCCAGGGCAGAGAAUUUCAGGAAAGUGGAUUACUUACUCAUUCACGGAACAGCAGAUGAUAAUGUACACUUCCAGCAAGCCGCUCAGAUUUCCAAAGCUUUAGUUGAUGCCCAAGUGGAUUUUGAAGCAAUGUGGUACACCGACAAGGAUCAUUCAAUCGCUGGAUCGGGAAGGAAGCAUCUAUACAAUCACAUGACUCACUUUCUUAAGAAAUGCUUUUCUCUAUCAUGAGACAUAGUCAUUGACCUCCCAGUAUAUUAUAUUUUUGAAUUUAAUUAAUUUUGAUAAAUGAAAAUUCACUGUAUGAACCAAUCUUCAGGACGGAUUCACUGCGUCAAAUUUGUUUGUUAUGUAUGGCUUUUCCAAUUGUCUUACACCAUAGACCUCAGUUAUUACCAUCAUGUAUAUAGUCAAAAAACAACUAUUUCUGCUAAAUAAACUAUAGAAACUGUAUUGUGAAA